CUACAACUACUCAACGAAACGGAGACGAAACCUCAGACUGAUUGGAUCCAGACAGGGCAGCAGACACACACCCAGAGACAGACUAGUUGGUCCCAGUCAGAAGAACAAUCACUGCGCGGUUCAUGGCUGCGCUGCUGCGCGAAGAACCCAGGCUGGGCAGCACCCCGCUGGCAAUGCUGGCCGCCACCUGCAGUAGGAUCGGGGAUCCGACAUCCUCCUCUUCCCAUGUCCUGUCGGAUGGGGCCCCAGGACUCUCCAAAGGGUUCCACCCCUGGAGAAGGAGUCCACAGGCCAACAGCAGCGCGACCGCAGUUUCCUCUGGACUCUCAAGGAAUAACAAUGAUCCAGGAUUUACAUCAGAGGCCUCCAGCGCCUUUACAGUGACACUUCCAAACACUUCAGGGAGUGAUUUCUCCCUGUACCAAAGCACCAGACCUUCCUCUGAUUACAGCGUUUCUGAUUCUGCUCAGCAUCCGGUGUUUGUGCCCAAACUUUCUUCCCCGGUGGAUGGGAUCGCGGGGAUUUAUCAGAGGAUGCACCCUUAUGAUUCCUGGUUUAAACCAGCUGGAGAGGUCAGUAACGGGUCUGCUGUGUGGUGGGACAUGGGGACCAGCUGGGUGGACUCGCAGAACUCAGCCGGGUUACAGUGCGCCUUCAGCGGCUAUAGUAAUGACUACAGCCCCGCAUUCAACACCGGUGCCACCCAGCUGCGCACGGGCGCGCAGCACCGGUUUGACGGUUUCCUGCCUUCUCCGUACAAAGAGACUAAGAGCGCAGCACCUCUUUCCACGGGGACCCCCUCUAUUUCACAGCCCACGCCAUCUCAGCCAUCAUCGCGCAAAUAUUCUGCUCGAGCAACCUGCGAUUGUCCGAACUGUCAGGAAGCGGAGAGCCUCGGUCAGGGGGGGUCGAGUCCGCGGCGGAGGAGCGUGCACAGCUGUCACAUCCCGGGCUGCGGGAAAGUCUACGGCAAGACGUCCCAUCUGAAGGCGCACCUGCGUUGGCACACUGGCGAGCGGCCGUUCGUCUGCAACUGGCUCUUCUGCGGGAAACGCUUCACGCGCUCGGACGAGCUCCAGCGGCAUCUGCGCACGCAUACCGGCGAGAAGCGCUUUGAGUGUCCCAUGUGCCACAAGAGGUUCAUGCGCUCUGACCAUCUGAGUAAACACCUGAGGACGCACAUCUCGGAGGGCGGCACCGAGCCGGGCUCCCAGAAAGAGAGCGAGGACAGAGACAGCGGCGCUGGACGGUCACCGGGCAGCCAGAGCGCCAAGGUCGAGAGAUCAAGGGAAUGAAAGUACCUUUAAUGAUCCUGAAACGGGGUUUCUGGACACUGAAAUAUUGAAUUAGCACUUUAUGGUUAAUCUUAGCUGUGAAGUGUUUACACACUGUCUGCUUACCUCAUCUGAUAAUAAGAGCCUAAUAUGAAAUGUGUUUACUACACUGCAAAAAAUCGAAAUCAAAAUUUUUUCUUAAAAUAAGCGCAUUUUUUCUUGAAUUUAGUCGGUAAGUGAGACACUUUGCCAGUAGAACAAGACAAUUUACA